AUGGGCUUUGCCCUUUGCAACGCACGGGAACUGGGCAUCCUCGCGCCGCUGAAAACUACCACCCCUGUUGUGAUCAUACGGUCGGCAGCCGAAGUGGCGGAAAUUUCCACCGAGGAAUUAAUGGGCGGGCAUACAACUGAUAAAAAUGGCUCCGAGGGACAGGGAGUGGCCGCCAGCGAGGAGAGGAAGGAAGAGCUGCUCUUCGAGAACGACGGAAUACAGGCCGACGUGAAUGCAAACGGGGCGCUGCAGGUCCUUUCUGGACAACAGCAGCCAGAUACAAGAACCGACGGUAUUAAAAAUGCUUCAGGACAACAAGAACAAGCUGGCGAUGCAAAACUCCCCUCACCGACCACUUCUGCGGUAGAUCCGACACUCUUCUCUCC